CCUUGCCGGCCCACCAGAAUGUUGUUGAUGCCCCUUGCGUGAGGACGUGGCCCUCCCCUCGUGGCAGUGCCACAGUCUGCUUGAGCAAAGUGACUCUAGUGACAGCGCGACCUCUUACCUGUGAAAGUGACAGUGCCAUAUCUUGCCUUUGAAAGUGGCAGUGCUAUAUCUUAUCUGUGAAAGUGACAGUGCCAUAUCUUACCUGUGACAGCGCCAUAUCUUACCUGUGACAGUGCCAUAUCUUACCUGUGAAGGUGGCAGUGACAUAUAUGUAGUGACAGUCGCACCUAUAUACAAAUUAGCUCAGUAAUGACCAUUAGUGAUGACCCCUGACUAUGAUAACGGGUUUAAGGGCGAUUACCUCUUGUUUGCCUGUUGUUGCUUCCGGGGAUCAACGUCCCAGCGGCCCGGUUUCUGGCCAGGCCUCAUGGUUGGUGGUUCGGUCAACCAGGCUGUUGGACGCAGUUGCUCGCAGCCUGACGCAUAGUGAAGUAUCCCUUAGAUGCGCAUUACUUGACUGUCAUCAUGAAAUCAAGAAAUUAAUAUUCUGUGAACCAGAGAAGUGAAAAUGACGGAGGUGGUCGCUUGGGCGGACCUCACAAUGAGAGACAAAGAGAACAUCAACUCCCACAACAACGAAGUGCAUUGUUUUAAGUUUAAUUCAAAGAAACAAGUUCGCGAGAGAACACGAGUGCUUGGAGUGCACGAGCGUUCGGUCGUUCCUGAAAAUGAGUCGCGGACGAAUCCGAGUGAAAGAACCGCGCGCAGCGUUCAGACAAUUCCCUCCAACGCCCCAAGUGUCCGGACAGCUCGCGGAAGUGUCGCUGAAAUUCGCGACAACGAUGUGGGUCCAGAGGAGGACGCUGAGCUAAGCUGUGCCGCCGCCGGUCUGAAUUACUGUGAGAGAUGUGAUAGGGGUCCCGUGUGCUGUGUUUACCUGAACAACGAGCCCCAAGGCGGCGGAUGCAGCGCCCCCAGGCAUCUGGAGGCUGCUGGCGCCAGCGGAGAGGGUGGCGAUGGGGAGACUGACAGCUGCCAGCGCCGCGAGGAAAGCGACGACAGUGACGAAACAAGUGUUAUUAACUUUUAUCUCGGGCAGAGCAACAGCCAGGAAGGCACAGUAGUGGAAUACGAGUUCUUCGUUGACGAUGACGAUGAAGUUGACAAUGAUUACUGCAACCUCAGAUACUGCGGUGAAGAUGAGGAUAAUGAUGGCUACGAAGAUGAAGAUGGUGAUAAUGAUGGUGAAAACUGUGAAGACUUGAUCGAUUUCGAAUAUAAUGAACAUGACUUUGAAGACGAGGAAGAAUCUUGUGUAGACGAUGUAACGGAGGACAUGGAAGCGGGGCACUGGAGCAGGAACCUAUUGGGGCCAAUUCGCUCCCGACGGUCUAUUAGCGACAAAUUCUCUCGCUUCCAGGAGCCCCUGGAGGUCAUCCUUGAAAUGUUGGGAGAAGAAGGUGAUGACGAGUCGUCCACUGUCGUCGGGACCGAAAUCAACAAGCGUGAUGAUCCGGAUAUAAACAAUGGAGACGACCUGAUGAAUUUCUCUAGCAGUGAAGAAUACAGUCCGGACAGCAUAGAGGAGUACCGCUUAAGGAAAUAUAAAAGCAGUCCCGAAAAUCUUCAUCGUAUUUCUAGUUCAGAGGACUGGCUUUCAAUCCCGGGCUCAGUGCAAGAAACAAUGACAUUACAGGAAGGAAGAUCGUUACAAGACGCAAGAUCGUUACAGGACGUCAGGACGUUACAAGAAGCAAGAACGUUACAAGAAACACAGUCGCUACAUGAAACCAAACCAGCAAACGAAGCACAGAUGCCUCAACAAGACGCUGUCGACUGUAAGAUGACGCCAAGGCUUGAUGUUCACACCCUUCCGGUAAACAAUAUCCAGCAGUCUCCUGUCGUGACUCACAAGACCGGAGAUGUCUCGAAGCAGUCGACCGAGCCCUCGCUUCCAGGUCCCAGCGGUAAGGAGGAGGAUGGAGACAAACUACGGAGUCUCACCUCUGAAAUCGAGGCUUACCUGAGAGAGACAACGAUGCUUCUGGAGAGUACUAACAGCUACGCCUCCAAGACGGCAUCGAGAGGCACUAAGACCUCGGAACAACAACCCAAGGAAGAUCCGAACAAGAAAAUAAAUCGAUCAUUAAUUUCGAUGGAAGUUAAUGAUUCUCGAUUGAGAGAGUUGCAAAGCGUCAAGAGUCAAUCUCCCAACAUUUGUAAUGGCAUUUCAACACCUUGCAAUGUGUGGCCAAGCACCCUGGAAACUUUGUCAGCCACACCAAAUGUUAGUGAUGCUGCGUUAGACCUGGAUAACGAGCUCUCCUGCUUGAUUACAUCCGUUCAGAAACAGAAACUAGUCGAAACAGAAGCGACAAGAUCUCUUCACCCUUCACCUGAUGAUAAGAAUCCCACAUUAAGUUCACUAACAGCAAAGACCAGCAAAACUGCGACGGUGCAAUCAAAGUCUUCUCUAAUUGGUUGGGAUGAUAAGAUAAAGCCCACAGCAUCCACCCAAGCUGAGGCGAAGCACACAGAGACUAUGAACUGCCAUGAGUCUUCACAGAACAACCAUAAUCCUUCAAAGAACAGCAAUGAGACGACAAUGAACAGUCAUGCAUCUCCAAAGAACAUCCAUGCGAAUGCAAUGAGCUCUCAUAAACCUGCAGUCAGCUCCAGGGUAAGUUUCCAGAGUGUGAGUUGCAUCACGGAAGGCAUAACCACAUCUAAGGAGGUGAGUCAAGCCCCAAAAGUAAGCGAGAUGAAGAACGACAUCUCUGAAGCGUAUACUAAGGAAUUCCUGGAAAUGGAUAACAUGACUGAGAGCGGGCAUUCUUCAGUAAGGCCGACCCCUACCACGGAAGUCUUGAUCUGCAUGCAAGCGUGCAAGGGAACGACGGAGAAUGGAGUGACGAAAACAAUCUGCAAGCCCCAGGAAAUGCAGCAGAGCAGCGAUUGUCACUUCACAAGGAAAAAUGGAGUCAGAAGAGACUGGUUGGCAACAUUCAAGGACCUGGAGGAAAGCUUCGACGCCGCCAUCAAAAGCAAUCUCCCUGAUGUUAUCAAAAACGAUGUCUUGGGUGUUCGCCAGCAUGAUCACCCAGGUGUUCUCCACAUCGUCCAGUCAACUGUUAUUCAAAAUGUUCAUUCGGGUAGACUUAAGAAUAAUCACCCAAGUGUUAUGCAAAAGGAUUACUCCUGUGUUUCCCACAAUGAUAUCCCAGAUGUUGCGAAAUACGAUCAGUCUGGUGUUGACGAUAAAGACCUCACAGGUAUUGCCAAAAUCGAUCAACCUGAUGUUGCCAAAGGCAAUUCCAAAGGUGUUACUGAGGGCGAUCAAUCGAGUGUAACUAAAGACGAUUGUUUAGGUGUUUCCAAAUAUAAUCUCCCUGGCAACGAGCCUAAUAAGAGUGACACAUUUAUGAAGAAAAGUCCCCUUAGUGUUCAAUCCCUUUCCCAAACUUCCGUCAGGAAUAGUUCCUCGAGUGUUCAGUCGGAUGUUCAGAAAACGGCAUUUGCGAACACGAACAUCCUUCAUCCUGAGGUUUCCCCUUUGGGUAUCGAAGAGAAUCCAGUUCGAAGACGGACUCGAAGUCGCUGCCAAUCUCCCCCUCCGACAGUGACUUGCUUGGAACACCUCGAGAAACUUUGCAAUCGCUUAAGUCUUGAACGCGAACAGUUUACUUCUGAGAUGUUGGAAUCGGAGGAACUGUCAUCAAAAGGAAGAACCGAACAUAAAUCUAGAACUGAGGACGAAGAAAGGAAACAAACAGUUAAAGGAGAAAAAUUAUUAGAAACCUCAAGUGUAUCAAAGGUCUUUUUGCACGGCAGUGGUGACCGGAAUACGGAAACUAACCAGCGUAAAAGUCGUCCAUCGAUGGGUGUACAGCAUUUACAGAAGAACGUCGCUAGGUUUCAGAAGCAAUUAGAUAUCACGCCAAAUGCUGGAGAUCGCAGUGGUCUGUUCCUUCCCCUUAAUAGAAUAGUCUAUGAAGACAAAUCGAAAAGUAGAGAAAACGGACAUAGCCCUUGCGUAAAAGAAAACGAAGAAACAAAAUGUGCAGUCUUAGGGGAAACCAAUGAAUUAUCUAAGGCAAAUUAUAUUAACACAAAAAUAGAUGAGAUAUUUAGUUGCAUUGAAAGUGACGCUUCUUUGAGCGCUCCUACUAAUGGUACAGAGAUACUAAUACCAACCAAGGUUUACCCACAUAACAUGACAUUCGAAACAGAGUGUGAAGAAAAAAAAAAUCUUCAGGUACAGCUCAACAAUAUUCUAGGCGAUCUGGACUUGAUGUACGAGAAACACCAGGAGAAAUACACGCAAGCGUCUCCUCCGAAGCUCACCAACUUGCCUCAGCUUUGCAGCGAAAAUAUUACGCCUCCACAGCCAUCAAGGGAGAAAGGUCCGUGCGAGAACGCCGCUUUUCAAGACAUUAUCAACAUCUCUGAAGACCUCAAGCAUCUCUGUGCAUUCCACAUCGGCAGACCCGCGACGGAGGGGUCGUCUGAGCACGCCAGAGCCGAGGGUCAGACCCAAGACGACUUCCCAGGGAUCUUCAGUACCGACUGUGUGCCUCCCGGAGCUGUUGCUAAGAAGCCAUUGCAAGACAAAGCCUUUCCUGGGUCAGAGGAACACAGGGUCUGGGCCACAGAGGACCCCAAGACCUGGGUCACAACAUCGCCCCUCCUCCAUCCAGCUUCUUCUAGACAGGAGAUACGGAGCGGCAAUAUUAACCUCCUUGAAGGCCUGAGUGGGUGCAGAGGGAAGACAGAGCUUCCUACAGGAGGUAACUUGAGUGCAAUAUACCUCUUCUUGUCAAAGCUUCGUGAGGAGAACCUGAGAUGCUACCAGGUGACACUCAGGUGUUUGGUGAAGAUCAUUGCUUUGACGCAAGUGGACUUAAAUGUCAACAUUAAGGCGCCGCCGCCCACGAAAGCAGACCAUCUUGUCCAGACUGACUCUCAGGUGGGUGUGAACGUCCACUUAAGAAUACCAUUAACAUGUAAGGUGACAGUGGGGGUCCCACCCGCUGGUCAACGAACUCUUGCGUUAAUUAUAUUCUCCUCUUGGGGAUCCCGCUAG